AUGCAGAGGAGAUGUUGCUCAAGGCGGUCGCUAACUGAGGAGUUGGUGAAUGAAUCUACCCAAGCGACAGCCAGAGAUAAUCAGGAGGCAGCUAAUGCUCUACUCAACUUGGGCAGCGACUUGCCAAGUUUCAGCGAAAAAGGAAUGAACACAGAGCCAGAUCCUCUUCUACAGAGCUUUGAAGAGUUGCAACAGGAUUACAACAGACUACAGCAGGAGUACCAACAUCUAUUAGAUGAAAAUGCCAGGCUUAAUCAGGAAAUAAGGGACAGCAAGUUCACAUACACAAACUUGAAGAGUAGUGAGAUAAGAGCAUACACAGGACUACCAUCAAUGGGUGCGUUUCUUUGGGGUUUGAGUUUGGAGAAAAUUUUGAAGAACAUGCCAAAAUCAUUUCGGAAAAACUACAACAAGUGUCGAGUGAUUAUAGACGGUAGCGAGGUGUUCAAUCAAAGACCUUCCAACCUAGAUGCACUAGCCAAGACAUGGUCCAACUAUAAACACCAUAAUACUCUGAAAUUCUUAGUUGGCAUUACGCCAUAUGGUGCCAUUAGUUUUCUGCCACCAUAUUUGGGUGGAAGAGUGUCGGACAAGGAAAUCACAGAAAAGACUGGUUUCUAUGAGCUGUUGGAACCUGGUGAUCUUGUCCUUGCGGACAGAGGCUUUCUGAUAGAAGAAGAGCUGGCGAUUCGUGGUGCCAAACUUGCUAUCCCACCCUUUGCAAGAGGAAAGAAACAGUUUUCCCAGAAAGAAGUUGAAACUGCGCGACAACUGUCCAGAGCAAGAAUACAUGUAGAGCGGGCCAUAGGAAGGAUAAAGAACUUCAGAAUUUUACAACAAACAUUACCAAUCACUCUGGUCCAACACGCGAAUGACAUUUUGGUUAUAUGUGGUGCUCUGACCAAUAUCAUGCCAAAGCUUGUGAAGUGA